AACUGUGCCGGCCCCAUGGCCAGCCCAGUGGACGCGUCCCCUGCAGGCCAUGCCAGUGGGUUGGGUCCCCACCGGAGAAAGAGGACUACCUUCAGCAGAGGGCAGCUGCUGGAGUUGGAGCGGGUGUUUGCAGCACGGCCUUACCCCGACAUCGGCACCCGUGAGCACCUGGCCCGGGUCACCUGCCUUCCUGAGGCCAAGAUACAGGUGUGGUUCCAGAACCGCAGAGCCAAGAGAAUCAAGAAUAGGAAACCAGGAGGCCUAAGUCCCAGGCCCGAGCCUCCCCAGAGAUCCCUUUCUCUUCCGGACACCAUCCAGCAGUCCUGGGAGCCCCGCACCCUUGGCCAGCCUCCACCCUCCAACAGCACAGCUCAGUGUGCCUCUGUGUGUCGACAUGCCUCCUGUCCAGCUCCUGGCUUGGGUCCAGGGCAGGGCUGGGCAGGGGCUAAAGGUACGGCCCCAUGGGGACCAGCUGGGGCUUCAGGGGUCCACAUCUCUUCAGAGCGAGCUACUCCCCAGACCUCACUGGGCAGCCUGUCUGACCUCAUCUAUGCCUCGGCCAUUGUCACCAACCUGGACCACUCCUAAUCUAGGUCUAGAACUUGCAAGUCCCUUCCUCUGGCUCCUGUA